UUGAAGCGAUGUGUACCUGCGGCUCAUGGUGGUCUCAUGAGAGGAAACAACAUGGCACUUUUAACAUGCUCGGGUCUAAAACUCAAAAGAAAGACCUGUAAAAUAUCAGGAUGAAGCAAAACCCGCUUUGAAAUGAGGAUGUUGCAGCACAUGGGUGCAUAGAAAACGAAGAGAAAGAGAAAGGGAACUCUGGCAAGAUUUUCCCAUGGGACGAAGCGGCAGGAUAUCAGAGAUAUGCCAGUGUUCAGAAAGAGACCUCCCUCAGGCACAUGGAGGUUGAGUAACUGUACAUCUCAUCUAAUUUCAUCUCAUCUAAUCUCAUAUUAUUCAAUGUACCACACAUUUCCUGUACAUAAAUUAGGGUUUAAUUUUAAGGUUAAUUGAACUGCAGCUCUGGCUUUGUCAAACAUGUGCUUUUCCAAAAAGUGUUGCUUUUUUUUAAAAACUAUUUAUCAUUUAAAUCAUUAUAGGUUACAUACAUUUGAAUCGAAACGGCAUCACUAAAUUAUCUUUAUAGCUUUGUGCAUUAUUAAGGAAAAGUUGCUUGUAAAAGGGAGUGUAAUAUGCCACAAAGCACAUGAGGACCAAAAUUUCUUCACUCCAAAAAUGGUUUUCUCAUGCAUGCACUAACAUAUACAGACAACAGAGUGGUAGACCUAUGACAGUAGCUCACUACUACUGCUUUAUUUUAUCUGAAAUCACCUUUGCUUUCUUAUUCUUCUACCUUUUUUUUUUUUAAUUCCCCUACCUUUUUCACAAUCCUACCUUAAUUAUAUGUAUGAGGUCAAAAGAAAACAUACAAUUCUCUGUGUUCAUUCUGUACAACUACACAGUUUCAGGCUUGUAUUCUAGUUUUGUUUAUAACAAGCACUAAAGAGCUUAGUACCUAAAUGUAUAAAACUGUGUUCAAAGGCCAUUUGGCCCUGCUGAGAAGUGUUUGUGUGUGUGUUUGUGUGUGUGUGUGUGUGUGUGUGUGUGUGUGUGUGUGUGUGUGUGUGUGUGUGUGUGUGUGUGUUAACUUUCACUGUGCAACUGCAAGUGAAAAAUGGAAGGAAGCCUGCCAUGCCUGCAAGUUAAUCUGCGAGGAAGCUGAAACAGUUAAUGAUAUUUAGCAGACACACACUUGCAACACACACACACACACACACACACACACACACACACACAGACACACAGACCUCUAUGCACAUCAGGCUAAAUAUUCUGUAUCAUACCUCUGAAUUCUAAAGCCUCAUGUACAUUGCAUGACACUGCAUUACACUGCAUUGCAUCUGGAGCAAAACAAGCCUGCGCACGUUUAUGGGCUAGUUGCCCUGGCAACCUCAUCAGCUAAUUCCUAUUGGUUAGCCUGACAGCGAAUCAGAGCAAGAACUGAUUAUGUCAUAUAAAAACAGUGUGGUGCAUUAAAAACAGUCCGCGGGCACCGUUCUGUGACUCGCGAGAGAGACAAGUGCGAGUGACAUUUGAGCCGCCAGCAGACUUAAAAUCAGGGCUUUUUUUUCUGUACAAAUCAAUAAAUGCUGUGUAAAGGAGGAUCGUCUUUACACCGAGAUCAGAUGAUACCUUAGACAAAUCAUUUGAUUUAGGGAAAUUCAGACUGCAGUGCUAGAUUGACUGCACAAACCUAAUUUAGGAAAUGGUGUUAACCAAGACCGUAUGAAUGACCUUCUCUAAUGCGGCAAAACAAACAUCAGUGAAGACCUCGAGAACUGUCACUCAAACAACGCUGCAGUUUCCAGGCUGUCAUGCUCUGCUGUCGAAUGCUCACUCAGCUUAUCACGCAUGUAUCGAUCUCUCAGCAUCAUUUCAUCAGGUGGCUGAAUUGAUUCCAAUAAGAAAAAUGUAACCUUCGGAAAAACCUUCGGAAAACCACUCACGGCUCGAAAAUGACUGUUCCUAAAGACUUACCAGGGAAGUUGUUUGCUAUAGUUCCUCCACUGAAAUGGACUUCGACAAAACAGACAGAAGAGGAAAGGAGGGUCCGAGCCAAUGACAGGGAGUACAACGAGAAAUUUCGCUACGCAAAUAAUUGCAUCAUGACCUCAAAGUACAACAUCGUUAACUUUCUGCCAGUCAACCUCUUUGAGCAGUUCCAGGAAGUCGCCAAUACCUACUUCUUGUUUCUCCUCAUUCUCCAGUUGAUUCCUCAGAUUUCUUCCUUGUCCUGGUUCACCACCAUAGUGCCUUUAGUACUGGUGCUGAGCAUCACUGCAGUUAAAGAUGCCACUGAUGAUUAUUUUCGUCACAAGAGCGAUAACCAGGUGAAUAAUCGCCAGUCUCAGGUGCUCAUCAAUGGCAUUCUUCAGAAGGAGAAGUGGAUGAAUGUGACAGUGGGGGACAUCAUUAAACUAGAGAACAACCAGUUUGUUGCAGCUGACCUGCUCCUGUUGUCUAGCAGUGAACCACAUGGUUUGUGUUACAUUGAGACUGCAGAGCUAGAUGGCGAGACGAACAUGAAAGUACGUCAGUCCCCGUCUGUUACCUCAGAGCUAGGGGACCCUACCAACCUUGCUCAGUUUGAUGGAGAGGUGGUGUGUGAGCCCCCUAAUAAUAAGCUGGAUCGCUUCUGUGGGACAUUGUACUGGAGGGACUGUAAGUAUGCUCUGACCAAUCAGAACAUGCUGCUGAGAGGCUGUGUCCUACGCAACACUGAGAGCUGCUACGGUCUUGUCAUAUUUGCAGGUCCAGACACCAAGCUGAUGCAGAACAGCGGACGCACAAAGUUCAAACGGACAAGCAUAGACCGCCUGAUGAACACACUGGUUCUGUGGAUUUUUGGUUUCCUGGUGUGUAUGGGGAUAAUACUGGCCAUUGGAAAUGCUGUAUGGGAGAGCAAAGUGGGUUCACUUUUUCAGAGCUAUCUUCCAUGGGAUCCUCCUGUUGACAACUUCCUCUUCUCGGCCUUCCUCUCCUUCUGGUCAUAUGUCAUCAUUCUUAACACUGUGGUGCCCAUCUCCCUGUAUGUGAGCGUGGAAGUGAUUCGACUGGGCCACAGUUACUUCAUUAACUGGGACCGGCGGAUGUUCUGUAGCCGUAGUAACACAGCAGCAGAGGCUCGAAGCACGACGCUGAACGAAGAGCUGGGCCAGGUGGAGUAUAUUUUCAGCGACAAGACUGGAACCCUUACUCAGAACAUCAUGACCUUUAACAAGUGCUCCAUCAAUGGAAAUACCUACGGUGAAGUAGUGGACAUUCCAGGAACUCAGCAUAAAGUGAGUGCUUACAAAGGCGAUAAAAGUAUUGCAAAAAAGGCCCAGCCUUUAGAUUUCAGCACUUGGAACUCGCUGGCUGAUCAGGACUUUCGGUUCUACGACUCCUCGUUGCUGGAAGCUGUGAAGGUUGGGGAGCCAGCAGUGCACGAGUUCUUCCGUCUGCUUUCUCUCUGCCACACGGUCAUGAGUGAGGAGAAAAGCGAAGGAGCACUUGUGUAUAAGGCUCAGUCCCCUGACGAAGGCGCGUUGGUGACGGCAGCACGCAAUUUUGGCUUUGUGUUCCGUUCUCGUACUCCUGGAACAAUCACUACACAGGAACUGGGCAAAGCAGUCACAUACACACUUCUUGCCAUCCUGGACUUCAACAACAUCCGCAAGAGGAUGUCAGUCAUAGUAAGGACUCCUGAGGGCCAUAUUCGCUUAUACUGUAAAGGGGCAGACACAGUGCUUUUUGAGAGACUUCAUUCUUCAUGUCAUGAGCUGAUGAACAUAACCUUGGACCACCUCAAUGAGUAUGCUGGUGAUGGGUUACGGACCCUGGUGCUGGCCUAUCGGGAUCUAUCUGAGGAGCAGUGGAAGGAGUGGGCAGAGCAUUACCGUGGUGCAGACAAAGCUACAGAUUUCAGAGAAGAUCGUUUGGCUGAUGCUUAUGAGGAGAUUGAACAAAACAUGAUGCUUCUGGGAGCCACAGCUAUUGAAGAUAAGCUGCAGGAGGGUGUGGCUGAGACCAUCGCUCUGUUGUCACUGACUAACAUUAAAAUCUGGGUGUUAACAGGAGACAAGCAGGAAACAGCUGUGAAUAUUGGCUACUCAUGUAAAAUGCUGACUGACAACAUGACUGAGAUCUUUAUUGUUAAUGGGCACACUGUCCAAAGUGUUCGUGCAGACCUCAGGAGAGCAAGAGAGCGCAUGAUGGAGUCUGUCCGCACAAGAGAAGGUCUGAAGGAGACAGAGACUCAAGAACAAGGUAAUGGAUUUGAGAUGGAAGCAGCUAAGCAGACACCUAAUCAGGACAAAGGUUCCCAACCUCAGACCUUUCCUACCUCAGUGCUGGAGUCCAUCAGUGGAGAGUUUGCACUUGUUAUCAGUGGACACAGCCUGGCUCAUGCACUGGAGUCAGAUAUGGAGCAAGAAUUUUUGGAGACAGCAUGUGCAUGUAAGGCAGUGAUCUGCUGCAGGGUCACUCCUCUACAGAAAGCUUUGGUGGUUGAACUCGUCAAGCGACACAAGAAAGCCGUCACCCUUGCAAUCGGAGAUGGAGCCAAUGACGUCAGUAUGAUAAAAACGGCUCAUAUCGGAGUGGGAAUCAGCGGGCAGGAGGGCAUUCAGGCAGUGCUGGCAUCCGACUACUCCUUCUCCCAGUUCCGCUUCUUGCAGCGCCUGCUACUUGUACACGGCCGCUGGUCCUAUCUGCGCAUGUGCCGCUUUCUCUGCUACUUCUUUUACAAGAACUUUGCCUUCACCAUGGUGCACUUCUGGUUCGGGUUCUUCUGUGGCUUCUCUGCCCAGACCGUAUAUGACCAGUACUUCAUCACUCUCUAUAACAUUGUGUACACAUCAUUGCCUGUUUUGGCUAUGGGCAUUUUUGACCAGGAUGUCCCAGAGCAGCGUAGUCUGGAGUAUCCAAAACUGUAUGAGCCAGGUCAACUGAACCUGCUUUUUAACAAGCGGGAGUUCUUCAUUUGCAUUACUCAAGGUAUCUACACCUCCGUGGUGCUGUUCUUUGUGCCGUACGGCAUUCUUUCACGGGCUACGCAGAGCAACGGCAUUCCGCUCGCUGAUUAUCAGACCUUCGCUGUCACCACUGCCACGGCCCUCGUCAUCGUCGUUAGUGUCCAGAUCUCUCUGGACACAGGAUACUGGACAGCCAUUAACCAUUUCUUUGUGUGGGGUUCUCUGGGGACAUACUUCACUAUCCUCUUUACCAUGCACUCCAGUGUCCUGUUCAACUUCUUUCCCAAGCAGUUUCACUUCCUUGGAAGUGCGCAGAACACAUUAGCACAACCAGUGGUGUGGUUGACAAUUGCUUUAGCUACAGUGAUUUGCAUUGUCCCAGUGGUCACCUUUCGCUUCCUCAAACUAAACCUUAAACCCCAGCUGUCAGAUACAGUGCGCUACACUCAACUCGUGCGUCAGAAGAAGUGGAAGCCCAGCGGGCGUGCUGGGUCUGGUGCUGGUGGGAUGGGUGCCACCGGGGGUGGAGCUCUCGGGCGUUCAUUUCAUGGAGGCUCUCGUCGCUCAGGUUAUGCAUUUGCGCAUCAAGAGGGCUUUGGAGAGCUGAUCACAUCGGGCAAAAAUAUGCGCCUAAACUCGCUCGCUAUUGCAUCGUUCGCUUCCCGGCACAGCACCGGUUGGAUCGAUACACUCCGUAAGAAAAAACAGACAGCGUCAUCUACCCCUCCCAACAUAUUGUCCAACUCACAGACUCCACUUGGCUCCACAUCUUCCUCUCUGACCGGCCCUCAGGGAGCAUGUCAAGAGGGCACAGGACAAACAAAUAUAAACACUUUACCCAGCAACAGUGGUAGUGAUGUUGCACAAGUUGAGAUAGAAGCUACAGUCUUGUAGUGCAGGAAGCAUUGUUUUCCCUUUGGGGAUAAAGGAGCAAGACACAGUGGAGCCAACAAUCAUUCUCCAUUACAACUACAUCCACGGGCAACUUAGGGGUGACUGUGUACUGAGAGUUCACUCCUCUGUACUGUAUGUCCUUGACUGUUUCCUCUGUCUUAUAUGUAACUGCAUACCAGGACAGUGAUGUCAAGAACACAGGUAUUUUGCUAAAGACUGACAUACAGACUAUAAGUGCAGAUACAGCAGAUGCACUGUAUAUGGUACUCUUGAUUCUUCAAAUAUACAUAGUAUUUUUUCUGUUUCUGUUGUGCAAACUAAAAAUCAAAUGUCAUCAUCAGAAUUGCUCUUACUCACCGUUCACUGUGGUUGAAUUUUUGAACGUUUCAGUUUACGCAGAUGAGAUUGUCAGACAGGGAAAGCUCCGUAAAAAUAACACCAAGUAUUUUUCUGCAUCUUAAUACUACAUGGCUUUACUAUCCCAGAGCAGGGUUGUGUCAAUUUCCUUGCUCCUCUGUAGCAAAUAUCUAGCAGUAAAAUUGUAAUGUUGGCAGAUACCCGAUACAGAUGUUUAGACUUGUAGUGUACUCCCGUCUGUGGCGAAUUGCACUGUGUUAUAUGCUUCAAACUUACUUGCCUUAGAUUUAAUAUUAGACAAUACUACUAGACAAUGUAAUGACUUGUAAACCCACUAUAUACUGUACAUAGGUCGUCGUUAGUUGCACUAAACUAUCUUAGAUGUCCAAGUUAUGAUUGGUGAUCCUUAUUUGGAACCUCAGAUUUUUUUAAUGCAAAGAGGUUAUGAAUGAUAUCCCAGAUAUCCUUUUUUCUUUCUUUUUUUGGUUAAGAUCUUCUACAUUGCCUUUAUAGAUACAUGAUACUGUGAUUGUUAUUUUUGUGCCUGGCAAUGCCUUUCCUUUGGGGUGUAUUAUUUUAUUUCCGAGAUUUACAAUCUACCUGAUUAUGUGUUAGAGGUGUGCAGUAUGGCAACUAAAUAUAUCGCAAUACUUGAAAACAAUUUGAUACACAAUAUACACUUAACGGCCAGGUUAAUAGAUACACUUGUACACCUGUACAGUAUAUGCACACAGUUGUCAGCCAAUUAUGUGGCACCAGUGAAGUUAAGCUUCAGUUAAUGUUCACAAUCAACACCAGUAUGGAAGAAAAUAUGAUCUUAAGAAAGUUGUCCAUGGCGUGUUUGUUUGUGUAACUCAAACUGCCACUCAUACAAUCGUGGUGAGCAGAAAAGCAUCUCAGAAACACAUCAUGUUUAACCUCGAGAACUUUGGGCUACCAAGGGACCACUGUAGGUAAUAUCUAAAGUCUGUUAUGUGUGAUGUGAACGAUAACCAAAGCUCUUGAAUUUGCAUAGAGUUGCAUAGUUUUGAUUUAUUGCCCUUAAUUGGCUUAUACAAUAAUUGCAUGAAUGAGCAGGUGUGCAUGGGAUACUAAUAAAAAAAAAAAUAAAAAAAAAGGUUCCUGGGAAAAGGAAGUAAAUUCACCACUGAAAUAUAUUUAAGUUCUUAUUACUUAUUUGUUGCAAUGAUGGACAUGGUCAGUGUUAUAAAGCAUACCUACUGUUUUGAAUUGUAAUUUAUAAUGCUGUUGAUUUAUAUACUGUCAAAGGCAUAUUCAUUUAUAUCGGAAUAUUUGGAGGAUAUCUGGAAUCUGUGGAUUAUGGAAUGGAUCAAAUCUAUUUUCCAGUUGCAGCUCAAGUAAAGCCAACGGACAUAUGUGUGAAGCAGCUUUUGCGUUUGUGUGAACGCUACUGUUCUCCAUGAGAACGCAAUAUGAACUCAAACGGAAUAAACCUCUCGCUUGACUUACUCUUUCACAUUCAUCACACCAUAUUGGUGUUCCAAGACUCAGAACAGGACUGCUGGAGUCUAAGUAAAUGAGCCAUACUGUAAAUCUGCUCUUUUGGAUUGUACAGGAAUGAAACGGAAAAGAACGUCACCCAAAAAAAAAAAAAAAUGCUACCAAAUGGAUCUGACCUCUUGUCUACUGGACCAGUAAUGGUCUCUAUCUAAACGUGGCCUUAGAUACAUGUACUAACAUGAAUUGUAUGCACAGGUGAAUACAUUGUAUGUAUUGUAUGGCGUAACCACACAGCAUUACCUGUGUGAAUGGGUUUGAGAUCAUUCUAAGCUUUGUACCUCUUACAGGUAAAACAGUAUCUUUUUAAUUUGAAGUUGAAAUGUAGUGAUGUUGAACCCCUGUUUAAUUAUUUAUUUAUUAUAAAUGUUUAUUUUUGCGAUUUGAGACUUACUUUGUAAACCAGCAUUUUCAUUUGUAAUAUUGCAUCUGUACAUCACGAGGCUGUUGUGUCUGAUUAUGAUGAGCUGAAUAUGAUUAAAAAUCGAAUUUAAUAUUGUGUUUUUGUGUCUAGCAUGCGUCACGGUAACAGUAAUGAUGCGAUCACAUCCAGAAAUUCUGUCAAGACUGCUCUGUGACAAAAAUGUCCAGCUGGAACGUUUAAAUUAAUGUAUAUUUUAUGGCGUAAAAUAUAUUUUUUAUGUCUUCAAAACUGUUUUUUUUUAUAUCAGUCAUGUCAUAUUCUGUGAAUUCUAAAACACUAUAGGUCUGCAACAUAUUGGUAGUUCCUUCCAAUGACUCAUCAAACUUUUCAGCUUUGUUUUCUUCCUCCGCA